UAAAUGACUAAAUCCAGAAGCAACGCUGGCUCCUCGGCGUGCUCGGACCCCAGAUCACGAAUGGAGGACGCCUACGUCGUCGUCUACCUCGGCGUAGCUCUCGUGUCACUCCUCGUCGUGCUCGCCGGCCGCAGGCGCUGGGGCGCGCGCGGUGAUGGUGCCGCCGACGGCCUGCGCCUGCCGCCGGGGCCGUGGCAGCUGCCGGUGAUCGGGAGCCUGCACCACCUCGCCCUCGCCGGGCAGCUCCCUCACCGCGCGAUGCGCGACCUGGCGCGGCGCCACGGGCCGGCCAUGCUGCUGCGGCUCGGCGAGGUGCCCACGCUGGUGGUGUCGUCCCGGAAGGGCGCGCGCGAGGUGAUGAGGACCCACGACACGGCGUUCGCGACGCGGCCGCUGAGCGCCACCAUGCGCGUGCUCACCAACGGCGGCCGGGACAUCAUCUUCGCGCCCUACGGGGACUACUGGCGGCAGCUCCGGAAGAUCGCCGUCGCGGAGCUCCUCACCGCGCGCCGCGUCCUCUCCUUCCGCGCCAUCCGCGAGGAGGAGGUCGCCGCCGCGCUCCGCGGCGUCGCCGAGGCCGCGGCGGCCGCGCGCCCCGUGGAGAUGCGCGUGCUGCUGGCCGCCCUCGUGGCGGACAGCACGGUGCGCGCCGUGCUGGGCGACCGGUGCCGGGAGCGCGACGCGUUCCUCCGGGCGCUCGACCGCUCCAUGCAGCUCGCGGCCGGCUUCAACCCGGCCGACCUGUGGCCUUCGUCGCGGCUCGCCGCGCGGCUCAGCAGCGCCGUGCGCCGCGCCGGGGAGUGCCGCGACACCGUGUACGGCAUCCUCGACGGCGUCGUCCAGGAGCACCUGGAGAGGAUGAGCGGCGGCGGAGGUCACGACGAGGACCUGCUCUACGUGCUGCUGAGGAUCCAGAAGGAAGGCGCGCUCCAGUUUCCGCUCGACAUGGACGUCAUCAAGUCCGUCAUCUUCGACGUAUUCGGCGCUGGCAGCGAGACAUCAGCUACAACGCUGGAGUGGGCCAUGGCGGAGCUGGUCAAGAACCCAAGGGUCAUGCAAAAGGCAACGGCGGAGUUGCGGCAAACCUUCCAUGCCCGUGGUACCGUGACCGAGCAUGCUCUAACAGAGCUCACCUAUCUACACCUUGUCAUCCGAGAGACGUUGCGACUACACACACCCCUGCCGUUGUUGCUCCCGCGCGAGUGCCAGGAAUCAUGCCAGGUGUUGGGAUACGAUGUGCCACGUGGAACGCAAGUGAUCGUCAACGUCUGGGCAUUGGGCCGCGACGAGCGCUACUGGCCCGACGCGCCUGAGGAGUUCCGGCCAGAACGGUUCGAGGGGCAAGCGGCGUCGGACUUUGGGGGUGGUGACUUUGCGUUCCUUCCAUUUGGCGCUGGCCGGCGGAUGUGCCCUGGGAUGGCGUUCGGCCUUGCCAACGUUGAGCUCGCGCUCGCGAGCCUGCUCUUCCACUCCGACUGGGAGUGGGCAGGGCCAGGCUCGGAGCUCGACAUGACCGAAGCAUUCGGCCUCACCGCCCGGCUUAAGAACAAGCUUCUAUUGCGCCCUGUUCUCCGUGUGCCUGUUCCCAGAAUCUAGUUGAUAUACAAACUGUAAUAGUUGGAUGUAUAUAGUAAAGCUGUAACUAUGCUCACAUGGGAGAUAAACUGCAUAGCCUUCUGGUGUAGCAUAUAAUAACGGAUACAACAAACCAAUUCUUGUAAACAUAGAAGCAUCAGUAGAGUACAGACACCAUCGCCAACUAAGAUUGGAACCACAUAUACAGAGGACUUGGUUGAAAACAAAGCAUUCUCUUUUCAA